GCCGGGAGGGCGGGCGGACGGAGCCCCGGCUGCGCAUCGGCGGUCACGGCGCUCGGGAACGGCCGCUCUCGCGGCGGCAGCGGGCCCGGAGCGGAGCGGGGCUCGGCCGGCGGCGGGGAUGCGCGGGAGCGGCGGGCAGCCCUGCCCUGCCCUGAGCCAGCACCGGUAGGAUCCAGUGCUUUGCUGCUGCGUGCACAUAGCUCUUCCCAAAUCAGUGGGAUAAUUCUUGUGUUUACAGCUAAAUUGUGCUUAAAAGCUUCAAUGCAUCAAGAUGGUUAAAAUGUGUUAAGGCCCAGAGGUCUCAGGCCCACUGAGAACUGGGUGCCUGGUGGUGUGACCUGCUGCAGUCUGGUGGUGUGACCAGGAGGAACCCCUUGCAGAGUGCUGGCAUUCCUUAAAAAUCCAAGAACUGGGAAAUGACGAGUGUGAGGAGCAGACUGCAGAACUGGACAUUCAGUGUCUGUGCAGGACUUUGAAUGCAGAAGUCACCACCAUGACCCCCAGCUCUUAUACUGUGCUUUUUGCUUAUAGCCAUGUAAGAACCUAAACAAGGAGACAUAAAUUAUUGACCAGAGAAUGGCCCACCGAAGCCCAAUCUUCCCAACUCUUGCCCCUUCUGAAAGACGGGUCCGAAACAUCCCGCUGCACAGCCAGGCACUGACAGCGGUCCCGCUGGCAUCGGCCAGCCUGGUGGAUCAGCUGGAGGACAGAAUCCUGAGCCAUGAGAAAACAACAGCGGCUCUUGUGGAACACGCUUUUCGCAUUAAGGAGGACAUUGUUUCCACGCUGCACAGAAUGCAGAACAAAGGGGGGGGUGACCGGUUGGCAAGGCAACUCCUGGAGGAGCACAUCCGAAACAUUACUGCGAUAGUGAGGCAGCUCAAUCGGGACAUCGAGAUGCUGCAGGAACAGAUACGUGUCAGAGACAAUCUCAGCUAUGGAACAAAUUCUACCCUGAAGAGUCUUGAAAUGCGGCAGCUUUCUGGCCUAGGAGAUCUUCGGGGAAGAGUUGUAAGGUGUGAUGCUGGGUUAGCCAGGCUGUCUGCAGAGCAUAAAAUUACAUAUGAAAGACUUCAGAGUCUAAGUAAAGACCAACACACCUCCAAGCUGAUCUUAGAAUCUAAAAUCAAAGAGGCAGAAAUACAGAUUUCUCAUCUGCUGAGCAGAGUAGAGCAAUCGAUAAUGCAACAAGAAGCAAAGCUGAAGAUUGCCUACAAAGAGAGCAACCAACAGCUGCAAGUUCUGGACACAAAAUUAAAAGAUGCUAUUGAGGAGCUCAGCAAUCAGAUUUUGUCUGCACGGAGCUGGCUGGAACAGGAACAUGGAAGGACUGAAAAAGAGCUUGUGCAAAAAAUCGACCAACUCUCACUGACUUUUAAGGAAAGCACUGAAAUGAGUGAGAGAGGUAUUGAGAUGAAAUUCAACCAAAUGGCAGAGAAAAUUGAGAGAAUAGAAGAAAUGCAGAAGAUAACCAUGGAGGCACACGAAGCAAAACAGACUGAAGAAAAGAUAAAUAUUCGAAUUGUCAAACUUCAAAAUGAGAUAAAUGAAGAUAUAAAAGAAAUGAAAGCUGAAGUUAAUGCUGGGUUUGCAGCUAUCUAUGAGAGCAUUGGGUCUCUACGGCAAGUUCUAGAAGCAAAAAUGAAGCUGGACAGAGAUGAACUACAGAAGCAGAUCCACCAAAUGAAGCAGGAGGUUCCAAGAUGGGGAGAAGCUGGACCAUGACUGCAAGAUUUUGUCUGAGAGAUUAGUGUUUACCUGGCUAACUGGGCAGACUCCAGUGUUGUUCCAGUCUGUAAUGCCAAUUACCUGCAUGUACCAAAUGACAUGCUGCUGCUGCUGCUGCUGCUGCUGCUGCUGCACAGGUGUUUGCUCACAGCAGUAAAUACAAGCUGUUCUUGGAUAACUGGCAAUGAGCCUGUGGAGCUGAGGUGCUGCUUUGCCACUGCACCACUCCAGUUGCUGUCAGGAAAUUUAGCACUGUGUAAAACUGGAGUAAUACAUUGGUGAAGCUGGCACCUAGUUUGCUAAAGGCAUUCCAGUUUUGCAGGCUUGAUCAGGCAGCUAUAUGCUUUUAUAUGCACCUGCACCCCUCCACCUUAAAAAAAAAGGCAAGUUGCUAUCAUUUGCUUCAUAUGAAUAUGGCAAGGUUCUCCACCUUGAUACAAAUUACUUAGUUGAAAUCAAUGGACAUUUUUACAGUGACCUUCUCUACAACUGACUUCCUGGGAAGACACAAUUGGCACUAAACAGACCAAUCUUCAAAAUCAAGACAACAUCAAAAAAUCUUUGUUUAGGUUUGCAAAUAUCCUGUGUGUGAAAACUUGGUGGUGUUAUAUAAUGUACCUGUAGACUUAGAUGAUUCAUAAACAACAUAAGAAACAAUUUACAUGGUCUUAAGUAUUGUAACCUUUUAAAAUUAAUAACCAAGGGGAGGUGACACAAGGUAAAAGAUGUAUAUAGGGUAUUUUUUACUAGGCAUGUGUUCCUAUGACUUGCUUCAUUAUAUAGAUAAAAACUUAGAAUGAGUUGAAAACUAAAAGAAGGUGAUAAUCUAAUCUAGUCUGGAGACUCUAAUGUAAAAUAAAAUACAAUUUAUGAUCUA